GAACUCAGCCAGCUGACAGUCGAUCGAGUUUGCAACGAAAAAAGGCAACAUGGCUCUAGACCAGGAACCUGAUAUACCUUUCUAUGAAGUUCAUGAGGUUGUUGUGCCUCAUUUGGGCAGAGUGCCAAUUACGAAGGGUGAUUUCCAUGCCCUCCCAAAGAAAGUUCAAAAGUUUAUUGCAUUUUAUGUGGACUACAUGACACCGAGAGGCAUAUACAUUUGUGAUGGUUCAGAGCAUGAAGCUCAUGAAGUCAUCACCAAGUUGAUGGAGAGAGGAACUCUCGAAAGAUUAGAAGCACUCGAAAACUGUUACAUCUGCAGAACGGAUCCAGCUGACGUGGCACGUGUUGAAAGCAAAACUUUCAUUGUCACCAAGGACAAAUAUCAGACCAUCCCUCACUCGAAGCCGGGGGCAAAGGGAGGGAUGGGGCUGUGGAUGGACCCUGAUGAAAUGAAAAUUGAAAUGGACUCCAGGUUCAAAGACUGUAUGGCCGGUCGAAUGAUGUACGUAAUUCCAUUCAGCAUGGGACCAAUAGGAUCUGACUUGAGUAAAAUAGGAAUCCAACUGACUGAUUCCAACUACGUGCUUCUUUGCAUGAGACUUAUGACCAGGGUUUCUCCUAAAGUCCUGGACAUUCUUGGAGAUCAGGACUUUGUCAAAUGUGUUCAUUCUAUGGGCUGCCCUAGGCCGUGGAGAAGAAAGGUCAUAAACCACUGGCCAUGCAAUCCAGAGAAAGUUUUGUUGGCUCAUUUCCCAGAGGAACGCAAAGUGAAGUCAUAUGGUAGUGGAUAUGGAGGAAACUCACUUCUUGGAAAGAAAUGUUUUGCUCUGCGUAUUGCUUCCAACAUUGCUCGUGAUGAAGGCUGGCUUGCUGAGCAUAUGCUGAUCAUGGGUGUGACAAAUCCGAAAGGGCAGGAGUUUUACAUUGCUGCAGCCUUCCCAAGUGCAUGUGGAAAGACCAACAUGGCCAUGUUGAAUCCAUCUUUGCCUGGAUGGAAAGUCAGAUGCGUCGGUGAUGACAUAGCCUGGAUGAAGUUCAAUGAAAAGGGUGAAUUGAGAGCCAUCAACCCUGAAUAUGGCUUCUUUGGCGUGGCUCCUGGUACGAACUGGAAAACGAACCCCAAUGCGAUGGCAAGUUUCCAAAAGAAUGCCAUUUUCACAAAUGUGGCAAAAAGAGCCGAUGGAAUGUAUUUCUGGGAAGGCCUUGAAGAUGAAUUGCCUGACGACAUGGAGGUGACAACUUGGUUGGGUCAAAAGUGGAAGAAAGGUCAACCUGGAUUGACUUCACACCCAAAUUCCAGAUUCACAGCUCCAGCCUCUCAGUGUCCCAUCAUUCAUGAUAAGUGGGAGGACCCAGCUGGUGUGCCAAUCAGCGCCAUUGUAUUUGGUGGCAGGAGACCUACAGGUGUUCCUCUUGUGUUUGAGGCAUUCUCGUGGGAGCAUGGUGUCAUGGUUGGAGCUGCUGUCAAGUCGGAAUCAACUGCUGCUGCUGAGUUUAAAGGCAAAAGCAUUAUGCAUGACCCAAUGGCUAUGAGGCCAUUCAUGGGUUACAACUUUGGACAUUAUCUUGAUCACUGGCUCAGCAUGAACAAACCUGGUAGGAAGCUGCCAAAGAUCUACCACGUCAACUGGUUCCGUGUCAAUGAAAAAGGAAAGUUUUUGUGGCCUGGCUACGGCGACAACAUUCGUGUGAUUGAUUGGAUGUGCAAAAGACUGUCUGGUGAGGCAAAAGUUGUUCCGAGUCCCAUUGGUAACUUGCCCGAGAAAGGGGCGAUUGACAUCAGUGGCAUUGAAGACCAAGUUCAUUGGGAUGAACUCUUCAGCCUACCGAAAGAUUACUGGCUUGAGGAUGCGAAGGAGACCAGGCAGUUUCUCGAGGUUGAAGUAGGAGAUGAUCUUCCUGCAGAAAUCGAGAAACAGUUGGUGGAACAAGAAAAGAGAAUAGCAGCAAUGUAAUUGGUUGAAACCUUAUAAAUAUAUAUAUAUAUUUAUAUAUAUAUAUAUAUAUAUAUAUAUAUAUAUAUAUAUAAACUUUUAAUUAAACUUUUUUGAAUGAUUUGCAGUUUCUCGGCAUAAUUUUGUAAUUAUAUCAUCAAAUUUGUUGGAGCUUAUUUUUGCGAGUGAUUAAAUAGGUUGUUACUUUUUGCCGGCAUCUUUAAUUUUUAUGAUUUUUUUGUAGAGCAUGUUUAUUAACAUAUUAAAUGUAAACGAUUGUUAGUUGUUUGGACAAAAUUAUUUUCAUUCGAUCAUGUUGCAACACGUUAUUCUUCUCAUGAUUAGGUUGCUCAUAAAGUUUACGUACAUAAAUCAACUCACUAAUUUUUAAUAAUUUUUUUCACUAACUUUUACACUUGUACUAUUUUUCACGACCGUUCAAGAAUUUUUGUUUAGUAUAAUUCUAAUGAUUUCGUGAAGAUAAUUGUUUGUAACACAAAAUGAAAUGCUUUUUGCUCGUUUAAAUUCUUACAUCUCAUUUUUUGACAUUGGGUAUACGACGCAUGCGGUUCCAUUACGUAUUUUGCCCAUGGAUAUUAUAUAUAUGUCCAUGAUUUUGCCUGAUAUGCUGAACAUUUGAACAGGGUAGAUGGCAGUGUAGGCAACAUUUUAUGAUCUUGAAAAUAUCUGUUCAAAUAUAGUUUUAGUUACUAAAAUAGAUUGAAAAUUUUAUUUUAAAAUAGUGAAACGUGGCUAUGUGAAUUUUCAAACGGUGAUGGUUUUUUGGAAAAGUUUUAUACGUGUGGCUGCAUUUUGCUUUAUAUAAUCAUUUAUUUAUCUGAUUUUUUCAAUAGAAUUUCUCUUUAUUUGUUAUUCCUCGAAAUGUAUACCGCGCUAUAUAUGUAAUACUCAAAGCAAUAAGGUUCAAAAAAUAUUUUUG